AUGUUUUCCAAGUUUUUAGUGAGUCAGCAUGCUUCUGCGUCGACGUGGUUUCUCGAGUGGUGUUAUGCUGCAGAUAAACUAUCGCAGACUAACUACUCAGAUUGUGCAGGACAAGGUGUUAGUAGUCUAUAUAGUUGAUAUGUAAAGUGACUAUUCACAUAUAGACACUUUUGCAAAAACCUUCUUCAUCUGAAUCUUAUGCAAUUAACGUCCUCCCAUAGCAGGUCUUUGAUUCCCCUUCGUUUUAUUUUAGAGGUGUGCUGCAAAUCUUGAUUGGCUUUCGCCUUUUGGUGAUGGUCUAGGCCCUGCGGCGCUCAAAGCACUAAGUAAAACAACCGGUUAGUUUUCACCUCGACAAUAUUAGGCUUAUCCCGUGCGAAAGUAUAUAGUUGAUAUGUACAGCUAAGGGCUACUGAGCCUCUAGAUUGGCUCACCUACUACUAACCCUAAUAGUACCACAAGGAAGAAAGCGGGUAAUACAUGAUGCCAUUUUCGGGGAAUACGGAAAUUUACAGCUUCGACUAUCGAGUCAAGCAAGUGAAGUGCUUUCAUCGUCAAUGAUUUCGAAUAGGAAAAGUUGGAAAUGAAGACGACUUCAGUUUUUGACUCUGCAAGUGCCUGAUCAUUAGAGAGAAGGGCAUCGUGUAAUCGUCAGGAGGCGGCAG